AUGACGCUGAUCGAUGCGCAAGUGCAUUUUUUGGCGGAACGUCUUGCACUGGUGCACAUUCCACUAGACUUAUAUCCAUACUUCCUCCAGUCGGUAUUGAGAUUAGUCUUUGACGAGCUCGAGCCCCUCGACGAGACAAAGGAAGAAGACGCAUCCAUCGAUGGAGAAACAACCUCGGAAGAAGGUUCCGGGUACAAGCCCCCCCGCCUUUUUGAACAUUUCCAUCACGCCCGUGGAAAUAAAUCCCUCGAUUCUGAGCUCGAUGUCAGUGACAAUGAUUAUAUUGCGAUGCAGGUCAUCGGCCAGGGAUUGGAGGCUGGGAAACGAGUUUUGGAAUUGACCAGCCCGCUCGCUAUGGCCGGAAUCUCCAUCUUUUUCAUUUCAACAUAUUUCUCAGACUAUAUCAUAGUCCCCUUGAACAGCAAAGGCAGUGUCGUCGCUGCUCUGGAAAGCAGAGGCUUUCAGUUUCAAGAUUCAACCGCUGCCUUUAUGACCCCAUUAAGCCCGACAUCUCCUCGAACAGAGCGCCACCCAAGUGACGCCACGCCACCAGGAACCCCACCUCCAUCCACGAUAUCAGAGCUUCAAACACGUACAUUCGAAAACCUACGCAAACGCAAAAUUACGCCUUAUGUCGAUGAAACCCUGCGUCUUGUGCAAUGCGCAGCCCAUCAUCAAUUCGGAUAUGGUAGCGAAGAAAGCUCCAUGUCUAUUCUUCGAGAUGCCAUCACAACCGUCCUUCUUCUCGACAGUCCACGCUUCCUCUCUCUUACCCAAGCAUCCCUUGAUCCGGCCGCAUCCCUUCUUCUAGAAAAACGACUCCUCCCUCGCUUUGCAGAGCCCUCCAGUCCCCACAGGGGCUACGAAAACGGCUCGGGUCUUUUACUCGGCUCAAAGGAAGACUAUCUUAUUCCCAUUAUGCUGGAUCUCCGUGAUUUACCCCUCGAAGCUUCAGGUAUCGUAUGUGGCGUGGCUGGACGACUCGCCGAGGCAGCGGAAACGAUACCCCUAUAUAAAGACAUUGAGCCAGGUCUUGGAACUAGUGGUGACAGCAGCACAGUCGGAUCUGUGCCUGCGCUUUUUGAUUCAUUCGGAGCUCGCCUGAAUUUGGAAAAUGGCCAUAGUCCGGAUAAGAAGUCAUCGAAAGGGGCUCACUCUCUUGCACCGACCCACCAUCUUAAACCUGAUGUGGAUCUGUCUGCGGAUUUAUUCGAGAUUAGUUUCCUGAGUACAGCGCGCGCUGGAACAAUCAUCGUUGGAGAAGAUGAGUUGCGACGCGCGAUCACUGCUUUGGAGGCGGAGAGAAUACAGGAUUCGUUUUCACCGAAUCCGCCCGAGCAGAACGAGGAUGACGAGGAGUGA